CCAUCACUGCACUUUCUCAGGCUGUUUUUCAGCGUUGAGCAGGUGAAACACGCAAUGGUUCUGCUCUUUGAGCUGAGAUUCUUUGGUUUGUGGAUGCUUUGGUGGUGCUGUUUGGUCAAAGGAUCUAGAGGAUGUCAAAUGCAGUAUGUUGGCAGAAGCAACUUAACCACUGAGCUUCAGUCUGAUGUUCUGCUGCCAUGUAUCUUUAAACCAACCCUCCUCGGAUCAAACAAGACUGCAGAUAUAGCAGCAGUGUGGAGUCAGGCAAUUAUACCUUCAGAUAAUCUAGUGGAGAUCAAUCUGCAGGGUGAAGUAAUGUUCUGGAAUAACAGAGGUGGACGUAUUAAGACGUUCCCCAAACUCUCAGAAUCUGGAAACUUCUCCAUCCUCCUCCGUAAUGUACAGCAGUCUGAUCUGGGUCUCUACCGCUGUGAGCUUCAUGAGGGAAUCAACUGCAUGAUCGCCUAUCAGGAAGUGCAGCUUGGUCUUGCUGCUGUUUCUGAAUACCAGAAAGCCAUCAUAGCAGGAACAUCAGGAGGAGCAGUAGUACUGCUACUGUUCACAGCAUGUGUUUGCUACAUAGCGAGUAAACGCAAAAGAGACACAGAAGAAGAGGCUGUUUACGAGAACGACAUGGAGCUCAGAACAAUGAGGAGCACCAGCAGAGGGCGCUGUGAGUAUUUCAAUAGAACUGAUACGACUGUAAGAUGACUGUCUCUGGUAUCUGGUAGGUGUGGUCUAUUAUUGUGAUUGGUAGGCAGGUGUUCACAAGUUUGGAAUAAUUUGCCAUUUUAACAGUUUUUGUCAUUUUAUACUCAAUAAUAACUUAUAGAGUGCGGACCUAAAUAUGACUGUUUAAAUAUUACUAUGCUCCAAAAUGUACACACUUAAAAAUGAUGGUUCUUUGUGUUCUUUAGUAAGGAACAUGGUUCCAUAUAGAACCAUGAACA